AUGGAGGGCGACUCGUAUUUCCCGUUAGGCACUCCGCCAAUUCGGAAGGUCCCUACUGGCGCGGCCCGCCAUGGCGGACGAUCCGCGGUGGCUCCGCGCAAGCGCCGCCGCAUCCUCGACCCCGCGCACGUGGACGUCGCCGCUUCCCCCGGAGCCAGCCCCGAGCGGCGGCCUUUCGAGUCCGACACGCCGACUCGCAACGCGCCCCACGCGCUAGUCAAAAGCGCCCCCGGCGCUUCGGUUAGAAACGCACCUGGCGCUGCGCGCGGGGAAGGUUUGUUUUCCGCGGAACAGACUGGCGAGGGUUUGUUGUCCGGCCGCCGUGUGCUGUUUCCGGACGGGAAGUUUGACGGGGCUGAAAGGGGGAGCGGCGGGAGCGAAGUGGGGACGGAGGAGAAGGGUACCGAUGGAGUCGCGGGGAAGAACGCAUCGGGGGAAGUUGUUGGCGCAAUGGCGGGAUUGGCGGUUUACCGGCGACUGGCGUUUGGGGACGAGCGAGCGGGAGAGCGGGAGGGUAGUCGAACGACGUUCAAGGCUGAUGGCGAGGCUGAACGCGAGAGUGAGCAAGUCGACAAAGCGGGCGAGGGCAAGAGCGAUAAGGCGGUAGAGGAGAAUGAGAGGGAGGUGGAGGAGAAUGAGAGGGAGGUGGAGGAGGAGGUAGAGGAGGAUGAAUUGGAGCUAGAGAUUGUGUAUGAGGAAGAAGGUGAGGGGGGGAAGCAGACAGAGGAGGGUGGCGAGGAGGAUGUGAGAGGAGAAAGCAAGGGAGAUGAGGAAGAGAAGGAUCGAGAGGAGGAGCUUAGAACGAGGAAAGAUCAGCUCAAGGACUCAGGAGACCCAGGGAUUGCCAGAAGCGCCGCUGCCGUUGUUCCUGCUACCAGUGCUGCUGUUACCGCUGCCGCUGUAGCCGACAGUGCCGUGACUCGUUUCUCGUCGUCUAUUAACGCGGACGGGGAUGACCUCUUCCGCUGGAACCGCAUCCAUAGAGGAAGCACCGGGCCCGGAGGCCGCGGAAGCGGACCCAGUGGGCCUAAGACACGUGGCGAGGUGCUGGCAGCCAUGGUGGGCGUUCAGAUGCCACGUCAGCAAGGGGUACGAAGCAUGGCGCCGGAUAUGGAGGGGCGGGUAACGGCCGCAGCAGCAGCUGCAGGGGGGGUGAGAAGCGGACGGGCUGGGGCGGCAGGCAGGGCGGCAAGGUUUGGACGUAGCGUGUGGGAUCUGAAAAUCAUAUUGGAGAACGAAGGGGAAAGGAAGGAGGACGGUAGUGAAAGUGAUAUGCCUGCAGCUGCGGAUGGUGGUGCUAUUAGCGGUAGUGGUGCAGGGGGCGAUGGAGGGAUAACAGGAGGCGGAUUGACAGCAGGCAUGGCAAUAGACACAGGCAUGGCAUCAGGCAAGGCAGGAGGCAUGGCAAUAGACACAGGCAUGGCAUCAGGCAAGGCAGGAGGCAUGGCAAUAGGCACAGGCAUGGCAGAAGGGAGGGUGAGGAGCGAGGAGAGUGACAUGCUGUGGCGGAAGAGAGAGUUCCGAGCCAGGCUGGGGAGACUGGCACGUGCCAUGGGGGCAGUGGGAGGCAACAAGGAUGUGACUGCAGCAGAUGUGACUAUACCGGAGGAGACUCUGCCAGACCCACUCUCUCCCUCCCCGGCACCAACUUUAGAGUCUCGUGCAUCUGUCAAUGCUCAUGCCACUCACUCUAGUCACACUCAUUAUAAUCACACCCGCUCUACUCACCCUAUCAGCCGCAGGAGCCUAUUUCCUGAUGCAUCCACCAACCCUACCUUUGCCGAAGCUGGUCCAGGCUCGGCGCCAACAGCUGCACCUUUUGCCAGGCCUGUUGUGCAGGCGCGGCCAAUUUCCCCACGCCACCGCCAUCGGCCUGCUUCGGCAGAUAGGGUCGGCAGGAAUCCGAACCCAGACUUGGGCGCUCGUGUGAGGGUAGACCUCACUCCAGCGUUGGAUCGAUUGGCUCGGCGAACCAACGUGGGAGGUUUGGCAGGAGCAGCCGUGGCUGGGUCUGAGCAGGCUCGGGCAGCACGACAGCUGCUGUUUGGAGGAACGGAGGUUGCUGGGGUUAGUGUUGGGGCUUCAGAUGUUUCUGGUGCUGCUGGUGCUGCUGGUGAUAUGGCAGUAGGCAGAACAGGGAUUGAGGAGGGAGGCGAGGAGGUGUGGGGUGGGGAUGUGGUGGGGGAGCUUGGCACACUGCAGCAGCAGGGAGUGGGGGAGGGUGGAGAGCAAGGAGGAGCGGUUGGGAGGGGUGGAGACAGCGAUGGGGAGGGUGGGGGAAGUGACUCGGAGAUCUUGUCUCGCCUGCCCCAAGGGCUCGUCUCUUCGGUUCGUAAGCGUGAGGAGCAGCAGCGUGCCGAAGCUACCGAUGAGGCUCGGCAGGCGCGGCGGCGGCGGCUGCUGCUGGCCGAGCUGCCGCUGCUGACCGACAUGGUCGUCGCUCUCUUUGCCAGCUGUCGCGCUGCCGUGCUGCCACAUAGGGACCUUGUGGUCCGGCUGGUGGCCAAUCACAGCAAGCAGACCAACCAAGAGGAGAUUGAGGAGCAGUUGAAACUCCUAGAGGAGAUCGCGCCAGAUUGGUUGUGUGCUAAGAUGUCCCUUAGAGGAGAAAAACUAUAUCGGUUGUCCAAAGUGGUGAUGGCCGCACAUGUCAAGGCACGGGUGAAGGAUGAGCAGAAGCUUGAUCCGGAGCAGCACCGGCAUGCUCCACGUCGUUCUGUGCAUGGUGCUUCCGAGCUUUGCCAUUCUGAAGCUGCUGCUUCUUCCGCCGAUCUCCAUACGUGCCAGACCCCUCUGUUUCAGCGGCAAACAAAAACAGACACAAUGACGGAACGAUCCUACGUCAUGAUCAAGCCCGACGGCGUUCAACGCGGCCUCGUCGGGGAGAUCAUCGGUCGGUUCGAGCGUAAGGGUUUCGUUCUGCGAGGCCUGAAGCUGUUCCAGUGCCCCAAGGAGCUGGCGGAGGAGCACUACAAGGACCUCGCCGACAAGCCCUUCUACAAGGGCCUCGUUGACUACAUCAUCUCCGGCCCUGUUGUCGCCAUGGCCUGGGAGGGCAAGGGUGUGGUGGCUUCAGCUCGCAAGCUGAUUGGCGCCACCAACCCCCUUGCUUCCGAGCCCGGCACCAUCCGUGGUGACCUUGCUGUCGAGGUUGGCAGGAACGUCGUGCACGGGAGUGACAGUGUGGAGAAUGGCGAGCGUGAGAUUGGCUUGUGGUUCAAGGAGGCAGAGCUGAUCAAGUGGGACCCUACACUCCUCCCUUGGCUGCGCGAAUAG